AGGAGGAGGAGGAGGAGGAGGGGCAGGAGGGUUUGGUUGAGCUGCGGCUGUUUGUCUGUUCGACACAGGCUUGGGCCCGACGGGGGAGACGGAGCCCCAGGACUGUUGAAGCCUGGAAGUCCCCUCCCCUUCCCCUUCCCCCUUUGCCGCUUUGUGGCAUCCCCUUCCCUCCAUCCUUUCCCACUCUGAAAAUCUAACCAUGACAAGCAGAAGCACAGCCAGGCCCAAUGGGCAGCCCCAGGCCAACAAAAUAUGCCAGUUCAAAUUGGUCCUGCUGGGUGAAUCUGCAGUGGGGAAGUCUAGCCUGGUAUUACGUUUUGUCAAAGGACAGUUCCAUGAGUACCAGGAGAGCACCAUUGGAGCGGCCUUCCUCACCCAGUCCGUUUGCCUAGAUGACACAACAGUCAAGUUUGAAAUCUGGGAUACAGCAGGGCAGGAGCGAUACCAUAGCUUGGCUCCCAUGUACUACAGAGGUGCCCAAGCUGCAAUUGUGGUUUAUGACAUUACUAAUCAGGAAACUUUCGCCCGAGCGAAGACAUGGGUAAAGGAACUACAGCGACAGGCCAGUCCUAGCAUUGUUAUAGCUCUGGCGGGGAACAAAGCUGACCUGGCCAACAAGCGCAUGGUGGACUAUGAAGAGGCCCAAGCGUAUGCAGAUGACAACAGCUUAUUGUUUAUGGAGACCUCAGCGAAGACAGCUAUGAACGUCAACGAUCUCUUCCUGGCAAUAGCUAAGAAGUUGCCAAAGAGUGAACCCCAGAAUCUGGGGGGUGCAGCAGGCCGAAGCCGAGGCGUGGAUCUCCAUGAGCAGUCCCAGCAGAACAAGAGCCAGUGUUGUAGCAACUGAGGGGGCAGCUAGCAGCAAACAAGUAUGGAGCUAGCACGAGAGCUAAAAAAUAAUCUCCAUUCCCACCCCUCAGCACACAGCCCCUACGGUAACAGCACACUGAGCCCUGGCUCCCAAGGGCUGCCUCCUGACAGCUCCGUCAUGGCACUUUUUAACGCUUCAGCAACCAACACCAGGCAGCUGUUGCCGCUGACCUCCUACCCCUACUCUGGGGCUUGGGGGUCAGAUCUCCCAGGACUUACCUUCCAAAACAAACUUUCUUCACUUUGUAUUAUAGGUGCAAGACAGUGACCUACUUAUCUUUCCUCCUCCUCCCCAUUUUUUCAGAGAACACUUUUUGGUCUCCUGCUCCUUCUGCUUUUGGUCAACCCUGUUCUUGAUCCCCUUUUCCACCUCUCCCCAGGAUGGAGAAGGUGGUGAACCCAGGAACUGAAGAAGAAGGUUUCCAAUUCAGUCACAUUAAAGGCCCUGGGGAGAGUAAGGCUCAGAGCAGAAGGGAGUAAGGAAAUGUCCUUUUUUGGUUUUAUUUGGUUGGAGUUUCUCAUUUGAAAACACUGCAGUAUCCAUGAGUUGGCCUUGUGGAAGGUGUUUCUAGGUAAAGUAAGAAUGGGAAGGCAAGCUCUCCGGCACCAGAUGAGAGUCAUGUUGUUAGCUAACUGGGCAGAGGUGGAGGAGGAGGUGGAGAUGCAGUAUCAUCUAUGGCUCUUGAACUCUUCCAAGGCCUAGUUUCCCCUCAGUCUCUUAGGUAGCUUCUCCCCCAUAGUGGGGGAGACACCAGACCCCAGGGUCCUCCAAAGAAUCUUCACUGGUUGCCUGCAUCUUUGGCUCUGCUGUGAUCUAAUUGGAGGAGGGACCAGUUUCUGAUAUCCAUCCUCUGAUUUAUACAUAUGCAUUUUUUUUCUCUCUGGCCUUUAGAUGGCCUCAGGCCCAGCCACUGUAUCCC